AUGCCGAUUGCCGAUAUUGAAAAACAGUGGCGAUAUCGUAUCGUCAACACCCCUAGCCGCAGAAGGCCUCAUGCGGACUUGCAAGAUGGUAAUACUAUCGAAGUCGAGGAAAAUCGUGAGCCACCCCCUGAGGUCAAACCACUCAUCGACAUAUUUCCGGGUGUCUCCGCCGCCCUUCUUACUCGCAUUUUCGAGAGGAAGUUGAAGGCGACUGAACUCAUCCGCUUCAAAGAGAAGGCCGUCACCGAGCUAGACCAGGAGGACAGAGUCUUCAAGAUGACUGAGUACGGAGGCACGGUAGGCUUCAAGAAGGCAGCUGCAUCACUCAAGGACUGGGGUUCCAACCCUCAAAUAUGGACGGGCUGCUUUCUUACCUACCUGGCCAUCGUGGGAUAUCUCUUCGGCGAGAAACAUCCCAAAGCAGUCCCCAACCUACUCAUGUUCAUGAGGCAGAUCCUGGACUACGCCCAAAUUUACGAGUGGUCGGAAGCAGUGCUUCCACUUGCCCUUAACUUCCACCAAUAUAUUCUAGAUAAGGGAGACCUGUCGAUGGAAAACACCCUUAUCACAGCUCUAUUUCGUGAAAAGUAUCUCCGUCACAAUCUCACCCUGCCUGCUAAGUCAACGACAAAUCCUUCAGCCCAAUGCCGCCAAACAAGGUCCACCAGGUCUUCCAAUAACGAGACAGUCGUUUGCGAUAAGUUCAACACAUCAGGAUGUCUUUGGGAAGGCUGCAAGAGACGUCAUGAGUGCACACUAUGCGGUCUGAGCGAGCAUGGUGCCUCUUCUUGCCAGGCUGUUAGGACUGUCUCCAGCCUUAUAGCACCAAACCUAAUACCGCAAGGCCAACCGUCCAGACCAAAUACUCUUGUCCAAUAUCCUGCCUACAACCCAGAGCUCCCAAAGCUACAGUUCUCUCCGUCGCCACUUUUUGCAAGAGGCUGGAGCAACCUCCUACGCCACUAUCCAGGCGAUCUCGGGUCUACUAUUACUGGUAUCCUGACCUAUGGGGCCCAGAUCGGCUAUAGGGGCAAGAAACAAUUUUGUUAUUCCCCCAACCAUAACAUACACGAGCCGGGUAUGAUCACGGCCAAACUAGCAGAGGACCUCAAUCGCGGACGCAUUCGAUUGGCCUCUGGACCCGCCUUUAUCUCGCCGCUCGGAUUAGUUCCCAAGCAUGAUGGGGGAUGGCGCCGUAUCCAUGAUUUAUCCUGGCCCCCUGCACAAGGCCUCAACCAGGGUAUACCAGCCUCCUGGUCAGCCAUUGAAUACAUAUCUAUCGAUGAUAUCUACGAGCAAGUCGUACAAGCUGGCCCAAAUUGCACAAUUAUCAAGAGGGACAUUAAGGACGCUUUCCGAAUAGUCCCGGUUGCCGAGGAUAACCAGCAUCUCCUUGCCUUCCAGUGGAGCGACUCCACUUAUGUCGAAUGCUGUCUCCCCUUUGGUCUCGCAACGGCCCCAUUUCUCUUCAAUCUCUUCGCCGAGGCUCUCCAUUGGAUACUCCAAUGGUCCGACCCUACGGGUCCCUUUGAUGAGGUUUACAACAGAGUCACCGACUACUUACGUAUCCCUCGCAAUACAGGAAAGGACCAGCAAGAGACCAGCGUAACAGUCCUAGGUAUCCAGAUCGACUCCAUUACAAUGGAAGCUCGUCUGCCACCGGAAAAGUUGUGCCGCGCCACACUGGACGCCGCAGCUGCCCUGAACGCAACGAGUCUCUCCCUCAAGCAAACAGAACGUCUCACAGGCUCACUAGCCUUUUGUUCAAGAGUUGUCCGGCUUGGAAGAACAAGGCUACAGUCUCUUUACACCUUCCAAGCCGCUUUCCCACGUGGGAAAAGCGCGCGCCGCCGUAUCUCGUACGAGGUACGUGACGAUUUGGAAUGGUGGAAGGACUCCUUGUCUCUCUUCAACGGCGUGCUCCUAAUUGACCCCUGCCGCCGCGCUGUCACACAUCUCUACACAGAUGCCUCCAGUAUAGGCCAGGGGCUCUUUUUCUUCUCAUCCAAGUCUACAUCAGACUGCUGGCUGGCCCAUUGUCACCAGCUUCACUCAAGCAAUGCUGCCUCACUGGCCCUUGCUCAAGACGCACAUGCGCACAUCAAUGCCAACGAAGUAGACGCUAUUCUGCAAGGCUUCCUACUCUUCAGCCACCAUUGGCUUCAUCAUAAUCUCGUUAUCCACACGGAUAGCUCCACAGCGCACACAGGACUAAAGAAAGGCUUCCUUCGACCUCUCGGUAUUGAACCGCCCGCGUGGUUCUCUUCACGCGCUUCUCAGCGCAAUGCAGGCCACCUAAAACUGCUCUGGAGCGGACUCAGCGCUAACACGCGUUCCACCUACCUCUCAGUUCAACGCAGUUACGAAAAGCACUGUGCACUACAAAACCUGUCGGCAUGGCCAGCCUCAAGACAAUCGUUGAUCUCGUGGCUUACCUCACGACUCCUUGGCAACGCUAGUCAAAAGACCGUUAAGCCUGACACCGCGCUCGCUGACCUAGCUGCUCUCCGAGCCUACCAUAUCGAUAACUUCCUCGACGACAAACUGUUUGAUAACAAGCACUUUCGACGCCUCAUAGACGGUGCGAGAAGACUCAACCCCAUCUCUAAAGUUCGGGUCAGGAAGCCGAUUUCGCGUGACACUAUUACGAAAUUAUCUGCAGGACUCGCCAUACUCCCGUCACAGCCCUUGGAGAUGACUACAAACCUUCUGGACGACUUAAACUUCGCAACCGCCUGCCGAGUAGCAUUUGCUGGGUUUCUCCGCCUCGGAGAAUUCACUUACAAGAAUGAAGAUAUUAACCAACGUCCUAUCUUCUUAGCCACAAAGCUAACGCGCUCUGAUAUCCGAUUCUCAUCAUCGCUAGACCACGCGCAGCUCACACUCAAGCGCAGUAGGACCGACCGCCGUCACGAAGGAGUACAAAUUAUACUUGCAAAGACGGGUGACAGAGCGUGCCCAGUUGACGCACUUCAGAAGCUGCUGCUCCUUGACCCCCGAGGCCCUGAUGCCCCAUUGUUCUCCUUCCACGGAAGACCGUUUAGUCGCAACAACUUUCUCUCUACCUUGUCUACUAAACUAAAGGCGCUCGGUAUACAGGCAGAGGGCUAUUCGGGCCACAGCUUUCGGAAGGGCGCAGCCCAACAUGCGCACAACAGUGGGAUACUCGACGACCAGAUUCAGGUGCUAGGGAGGUGGACCUCGGAGGCAUUCAGAGUAUACUUUACGACGAACGCAUCAGUUCUGUACAAGCUCAACCGCCAAUUCCAGACAGGGUCGCCGGCCCCGCUUUCCCUGCUACUUCCACCACCGUCCCCUCCACCAUCCUAG